AUGCGAGUAGUGACCGGAACAGACACUGGCCUCUUAAAGGUGGUCGACGUUGUCAAAGGUGAAGUCAAUAUCACCAUCGGAGAGCAAAAGAAGGGUCGUGGAGUGAGAAAAAUUCAAUGGGCCAAUCCCAACAAUGAUUCCGAAGUGGCUGCCCUCUACGAUGAUGGAUCCAUCGAUUUUUAUUGGGUGAACACGGGUCAGAGACGAUUUUCUGUGCAAUCAUCCUUGAAAAACAUUCAAGGAUUUCAUUGUGAAACUAUUUCCAAUGAUACUCGAAAUAUCUAUGUGUGUGAUAAUGAAGGAAUGUUGAAUAUUUAUCAUUUUCCAAUUUCAAAAUAUAAUAUUGUUCAGCCUUCCGAUGAUUUCUUGGUGAGUCUUCGAGAGAGUGUUGGAUCCGACAAGAACAAACAUCAUGAUGGGAGUUCUCUCAGCGAUGAUGAUGAUGAAAAUAACCAAACGUCCAAAUCACAACAACAACUCAAUCCAAGUCUCGGCUACAAAGUAACAGAGGAUGUUCAAACUCACAAAAUUGUCAUUGAGCCACAAGUAACUGAAUUGAAAUUAACGGGAGGAGAUGUGAGCGUCAUGGUGGCUCAGAGAUUGGACUCGAAACGACUCGAAGUGGCCGUCGCUGGAAACAACAACUUGAUGAAAAUUUGGGACGUGGAAACACAAAAGUGUGUCUUUAAGGCAAAGAAUGUUCCUCAUGAUCAUCUCAAUCUGAAGCAACCAAUUUGGGACAGUGGUAUUUGUUAUUUGGGAAGUUGCCAUGGCAGUGAAGAUGAAAGAAAUCAGCAAUUAGGAGAACACUCGUUUGGUAAUUUGAUUUGUACACGAACAGCCUAUCAUCAGGUGAGAUACUUUGAUCGGAGAGCACAGGAACGUCCCAUUCAUCAAUACACCUUUGAAGAUCAUAACUUUACAGCCAUGACUCCCUCCUCGCAAAACAUUUGGGAAGUAGUUGUGGGUACAGCCAUUGGCAAAAUGUUUAAAUACAACUUUACAGAACGACGCAAUAAGAAGAUUCAUAUCUACCAGAAAGAUUGCAGGAAGUGUGAGGGAUAUUAA